GGAGAGGCUGGGGAGCCUGGAGGCGGGGCUUGGGGAGCUCGCCCCACGCGGGGCGGGGCUCCAGCAGCCGCGGGAUCUGCAGUUCGGACUGCCGGCGCCACAGUCGCCGCAGUUCCCUUCACUGUGGUGGCCCCGAGGCCCUGCGGGGAGUCUAGGGGUCGACUGGCCGCUCGGACUUGGCGCGGGGUUGGCCACGCCUCUCCCUACCUCGGUGCGGCCUAGACGGUCGGGGCCGCGGGGAAAUGGAGCCCUCUCCCGCCACGGGGGGCUCUGAGACCACUCGCCUGGUGAGCCCCCGAGACCGCGGCGGCGCUGGUGGCGGCCUGCGUUUGAAGAGUCUCUUCACAGAGCCCUCUGAGCCCCUCCCCGAGGAGCCCAAACCCGUGGAGAUGUCCUUCCACCACUGCCACAGGGACCCUCUGCCACAGCCAGGUCUCACCCCUGAGAGGCUGCAGGCACAGAGGCAGCUGUGUGCCGCCUGUGCUGUGUGCUGCGUCUUCAUGGCCGGGGAAGUAGUCGGUGGGUAUUUGGCGCACAGCCUGGCCAUUAUGACUGACGCAGCCCACCUGUUGGCAGAUGUGGGCAGCAUGAUGGGCAGCCUCUUCUCCCUCUGGCUCUCUACCCGUCCAGCCACCCGCACCAUGACCUUUGGCUGGCACCGCUCAGAGACUCUGGGGGCUUUGGCCUCUGUGGUCUCCCUCUGGAUGGUCACUGGCAUCCUCCUGUACCUGGCCUUCAUCCGCCUGCUGCACAGCGACUACCACAUCGAGGGGGGUGCCAUGCUGCUGACCGCCAGCGUCGCAGUCUGUGCCAAUCUGCUAAUGGCCUUUGUGCUGCACCAGGCCGGGCCCCACCACAGCCACGGGUCCAGGGGGGCAGAGUAUGCACCGCUGGAGGAGGGGCCCGGGGAGCCCCUGCCCCUGGGGAACACCAGCGUCCGGGCGGCCUUUGUGCACGUGCUGGGGGACCUUCUGCAGAGCCUUGGGGUGCUGGCCGCCUCCAUCCUCAUCUACUUCAAGCCUCAGUACAAGGCAGCUGACCCCAUCAGCACCUUUCUCUUCUCCAUCUGUGCCCUUGGAUCCACCGCUCCCACCCUCCGAGAUGUUCUCCGCGUCCUCAUGGAAGGUACCCCCCGAAGUGUGGGGUUUGAACCUGUGCGGGAUACUCUGUUGUCAGUGCCAGGAGUUCGGGCAACCCACGAGCUGCACCUGUGGUCCCUUACGCUUACUUACCAUGUUGCCUCCGCACACCUGGCGAUUGACUCCACGGCUGACUCUGAAGCCGUCCUGGCUGAAGCCACAUCCCGGCUCCGCUCCCGGUUUGGAUUCUCCAGCUCUACCCUGCAGGUCGAGCAGUACCAGCCUGAGAUGGCCCAGUGCCUGCGCUGCAGGGAGCCCCCCCAAGCCUGAGCCACGGCCGCACCCUCACCCCACUGCCAGGCCCAGGCUCAGCCCUGGACUCUCAGCAACUGCCUCCCUGCUCACGGAGAAGGGACGGAGCUGGGUCCGUACCCUUCCUCUCUGCCCGCUUCCACCUGCCAACCCCCCAGCUCCAGUGGGCAAGACCAAAGUGUGUGUGGGGAGUGGAGCCAGGGUCAGGCUGAACAGGGAAGUCAGGGCAGUCGGGGUGUGUAGAAGUCCUGUGGUCCCUGCUCCCCGUGCUCGGGGGAGCCCCCAGCCUCCUUUCCGUGCAGUUCAUUUGUCUGUGUGGCAGGCUGGCUGGCUGGCUGGCUGGAGGAUCUGCCUGUCUUUGUGCUGUUGGUGUGCCUAAGCCUGGGGGAGGGCAGCAGGGGCCCCCUCCCCAUGUGGCUCUCUCUCUGUCUAUGCAGGAGCCCCAAAGCCUGCACGUUGUCCGUGUGUUCUAGCCUUAUGGUUUUGUGUGUGUGUGUGUGUGUGUGUGUGUGUCUUGGUGCUGUGGCCUGUGUGUCUCUGUGCCUGUGUGGCUGUGCUAUGGUCUCUAUGAGUCUGCACCAUCCAUGUGUCUGUUUGGGGGUCUGUCUGGCCAUCCCUCUGUUGGUGCUGUGCCCUCGGCUCUCCCAGAGAGAGGGAGGACUCCGCCGCAGCUCUGCCAAUAAACUUGUAUCUAACUGCACCUUUCAGCCCCUGUGCUGACUCCUCAGGAGGGGGACACAGAACCGGUCACCUGGGAACGGAUAGAAUCCCUCAGCCAGAGUGACCUUGCACAGCCCCCCUACCCCCUUCCCACCCUCUCCAUCCUCUCCACCCUCAAAUAUCCAUUCUGAUGUAGGCUGAAACCCGCCAGUCCCUUUACUGCCUUCCCCUACUUGGCAGUGUGCUUGAGCCUGGGUCCUUGGCUCAGGGAGAUGCCCAUUCAUUCUGGGAUUGGUUAUAGGAGAAAGUUGGAUGGCAAAGAGCUGAGGGAUACUGGAGUCAUUCUGAAAGGCUCCCACAGGCCAGGGUGGCCUUGGGCUUGUUGGCGGGAAGCUGCAGCCAUUUGGGAGAGAGGGGUUGGACCACGGUGCUGAUUUGGCUUUGUUCUCAAGCUGUGUGAGGUGCUGGGGAGCAGCCCUCCGUCCCGACUGCCCCAGCCCUGCCUCACAGCAGCCAACCCCAAGUCCAGGUUUGAGCUGUGGACACCAAGGACCUGUUUUACAAUUAUCCUCCCUUUGCCUCAUAUACGUUGAAUCAUAUAUUUCGACAGAUUUGACCUUACAAAUCUCUUUAAGGGAUUGUUCAUUUUCUCUUAAAAAAACAAGCCCUUUGUGCUUUUGUUCUGGAUAUAGUGCAGGAGUCCACCGGCCUUCCCAUCAUAGGUUGAUACAACUCCAGCCUGAAGCAAAGGCCCGGAGCGUUUUCAUUAGCUCAUGCAUAUUUCUGCAAGGCUUCUCCCCCAAAUGGAAACAUCUUUAUUAUUAAAUUGUGUUGAUUUUUUUAAAUUAUAAAGGCAAUAUAUGUUCGCUUUAAAAACCUGUCAAAGGAGGGAAUUCCCUGGCAGUCCAUUGGUUAGGACUCUGUGCUUCCACUGCCAGGGGCAUGUGUUCGGUCCCUGGCUGGGGAACUAAGAUCCCACAAGCUGUGCAGUGUGGCCAAAAAUAAAAAUAAAUAAAUAAAAACCUAUCAAAGGAAAGUGUAUAAAGUAGAAAGUGAAUGAUUCCCCUAUACUUUUACUCCCAGAGAGAACUGGUAUUCACAGUCUCUCUGCCCAUAUUUUCUUGUAUGUACAAAGACUUCUUCGUAAUAACAUAAGAGGAUUACAUUAUAGGUGAUAACAUGUAACCUGCUUUUAUGAUUCAGCCAUACAUCCUGGGUGCGUCUUUCCACGUUAAUACACGUAGAUUUCAUUACUUGUUUUACCGUGUGGUCUUUGGACCGGUUGAAAAUAGGCCUUCCCAUUCUGAUCUUCAGCUGGGGGCCCCUCGACCAGGAUGGGUGAGUCGCUGCUGGCCUGAGUCUAGCACGGGAGGCUGGGCGCGGGCAAAGGGCUAGCAGUCCCUCACACUGGGCACCAAGGCUGCCCCAGCUGCUGUCCAUGCUUUGCUAGUUCCUGCUACUUUCUCAUUUUACGACUCAUUGAUUACAGGCCCCAAGUGACAGGAUGGGGGUGGGGAAGAGUGAGGAAAUAGAGAGUGGGGAAAACGAGGCCUAGAUUUUUACUCUAUGAACAGCCUUAAGCUGCAGCCCUGCCCUACACGCACAAGGCUGGAUCCCUUUGCAGGAGAGGGAACAGAACGUUCAGGGCAGGAAGAGACCUCACAACGCACGCAGUCCAUCUCUGUCCCAUACCCCUGCAAAAUGAAGAGGAAGCCGAGCCUCAGAGAGGGAAAAGGACUUCCCCAAGGUCACCCAGCAAGUGACAGGGUCAGGUGCAGAGCCUGGGCUCUCACUGCCACCCAGGCCCUGGGAGGCACUUGCACAGUUGAGUUUCUCAGCAAAACUCUUCUCGGCUCCUUCCCAGCAACCUGCUGCUGCUGGCUAGCCCAUCCUGGGGCUCUGCGCUCAGGCUCCUUGCUUCUGCCUCGGCCCUCUGCUAAUACUCUGGUCACUGGUAACCCCUCUGCGUUCCAGCUUUCCUAAUUAUAAACAGAGGGGUUACAUGACGUUGUGGGUAGAAGUGUGCCUGGUAUAUAGAGGGCAUGUAGGAAAGGGUUACCUUUUGGGUGGAAUCUAUGAGGGAUUUCAGGGAAAAGGGUGACCCAGCACCCUGACAGCAGGGACAGGAACCAACAUUUAUUGAGCUUACACUUGGUGCCAGGCGCUGUGAGGCAGACAGUAUUAUCUGUGCUUUACAGAUGGAGAAACUGAGGCUUACCUGCCCCAGAUCAUGCAGCUAAUAACCGUCAGAGUUGAGAUCCAAAUUCAGUUCUGGCUGCACUAAGUCCCCAGCCCUUUUCAACACCACCCUGCUUUUCCACCCCACUCCAGGCGUUGCUCUGUCAGGGACAGGGAAGUACAGAAGGAUCGGGAGCAUUCUCCCCCAUUCAUAGGGCAUUCCCCAGGGAGUCCAGGAAAGCCUUAUCUGCAGGAGCUGCCUGCACACCCCUAUUAUCUCCCUGACCCACCUCUCCACUUGCUUAUCCAGAAGGCCCUUUCCCCUUAGUGUCCUUCCUUGAUGGUAAAAAUGAGUGGUGGAGGCAGAGGUGAGGAGAAAGGGCCAGAAGGGAGGCGUGGGGACAAGGGGAGGCCUGAGGAAGAGCAGAGCGGGGGAAGGGCCCAUCCAUCAGCCCAGCCCUGGCAGCUCUUUACACAGCUGGUUAACCAGGGGAGGAGAGGGGAGAGGGCUGCUCCCGAGGUGGAGAUGUACCAGAAAAAAGGGAAAGCCAGAGGAAGAUGAGGUGGACAGGAGGGAGGGCUCAGUGCAGUUGUAGGAGCGCUUGAGAGAGACCAAGGAGUCAGACGGAAAAGCCAGAAUGGGAGGCUGUGGAUUGGAGGGCCUCGUGCUGCAGAGACAGGGCAGGUGCUGAAGGGGAAAAGCUGGGCAGCUGGGCAGGCCCUGCCCUCCUCAGGGAGCUGCUCACCUGGGGGGCCGCUGGGUCAGCUGGUCAUGGGUGGGGGGCCCUGCUUUCCUGUUUGAGGGGCGAGGGCUGAGGACCCGGCAGACCAGGGUAGCAGCCUGUCUGUGGUCAAGAGCAAGCUCAGGGUGAUAAAGCGGUGUUCUCCCUCCAGUGACUCUGCCGCCCCUUCGGGGACUUCCCUAAGCGGUGGGCCCAUCCUGGCUGCCUUGAGCCAUGCUAUCAGAGGGGGAGCAGCGCCCCCAUGAGGCCUGUGCCUUGGUAGUAGCCCAGGCAGCUGGAAGACUGGAGGGAAUCACAGGACCCUGAGUCAGGCUGGGAAGACCCCUGCCCCUAUUCCUGGCAGAUUCCCCCACCUCUGUGGAGAACUGUACUUAGGGAGUUUAUUGAUUGAUUGACUGACUGAUUGGCCUGGUUACUUGGCUUGUGGGAUCUUAGUUCCCUUACCAGGGAUUGAGCCUGGGCCCUGGCUGUGAAAGUCCUCACCACUGGACUGGUAGGGAAUUCCCUAGAGUUUCUUUUAUACUAGAAGGACUCUUCCUCCCCAACUCUGAGUUCCCUGGGCCUCCCUGUCCCUGCUCUGAGCCCCCUGGCCAUCCCAUCAGCACCUGGUCAACACCUUCCAAAGGGUGCUGGGCAGUUCCCAGGUGCCUGUGGGGCAGAGCCUGAGGCUGCACGUGCAGCCACGAUCACAAAUGAUCCCACAAAGUAGGCCCUGUUGCCAGGACUGAUGAGAGAAAGUGGGUGGGGAGCGUGGGGAGGUUGCCAGAGCCUGCACCCCACUCCUGCGCCCCAUUCCCCACCCUCCCUCUGCUGCUCUCUGGCUACAGCAUCCUGAAGCCCCCGGAAGCAGCCCCAGGCCUGGGCGACGCUCACUCAGAGGGCAGGUCUCCUCCUGUCUGGGCUGACCCUCUGUACCGAGCACCAAUGCAGAGGCCGUGGUAGCCACCCGGGGAAGGGCACAUCACAGCCCGCUCAUGAGCUGUUCCCAGCCUCUCCUCCUGAGCCAGAAAUCCCACUCCCUCUGUUACCAAGCUGAUACUGCUCACUGCACAACAGGCCAAUAAAAUCAAGAGAUGAGUUGUUGGGUCAAGGAAUAGUGACUUUAUUUGGAAAGCCAGCAUACUGAGAAGAUGGUGGACUGGUGUCCCAAAGAACCAUCUUAACGGAGUUAGAAAUCAGGCUUUCUUCUUUCUUUCUUUACUUAUUUGGCUGCACUUCGCGGCAUGCAGGAUAUGGGAUCUUAGUUCCCUGACCAGGGAUCAAACUCUCUGUACUGGAAGGCGGAUUCUUAACCACUGGGUCACCAGGGAAGUCCCUCAGGCUUCUUUUAUACUAAAGGGAGAGGAGGUGUGGUUGUUUGCUGCAAACUUUUUGGUGCCUGAAUGCUUUGUUCUUGCAGCUGUCUAGGUAGGUCUGGUCACAAUGUUCCCACAAACCUCCAACAAGACAAAUGUUAUUCUCUGUUCUGCAACUUUUUAAUCUCUAUAUGAAUGGAAAAGUGUUAUACCUUUAAAGGUCAGAGCUCUGGGGCUCUCCUGUAUAUUUCAGGCUGUAGGCAACAUUCUUAACUUGUAGCAAACCUAAUAGCCUACAAAGGUUAAAAGUAAAAACAACAACAACAAAUAAAACAAAACAAAUUAAAAAAAAGCUA